CGACCUUUGGUCGACGCUUAAGUGACAUUGUGAGUGUCCACCUACAAACGCGGACUGAAUGAGGGUUGUAAAAGUGUGAGGGAAUAGAAUCAUGAUUUACAGUUUAUGGUUAUGGUUAGGAAUUCGAUUUAUGGUUUUUAUUACGAACUGUCAGCUGAAAUGCCAAGACGCUAUGUAGCCAAAUUGAUGUGUGAAUUUCGCGCCAAAACCCAAGUCCCGUUAUCUUAUGUCUAAUUGGUCCGUCCAUAAAUUAUAGUCUCGUGUAUUUCAGUCUUCAGUAGCAUACCUCCUGUUUUCAUAAGGACAGGUCAAUCGACCUGUGUUUACCCUUGCGAUCUCCAGUACUGUGAAAACUCGAUCUAAGAUUGAGUUUAUGAUUUCAAAGCGAUCGCUUUGGAAUUUUAAACAGGUGCUGGUACUACGUGUUUUGGUAGAGAAUUCCAAUAAUUCAUUACUCGGUGCAAGAAGCGGGACUCGGGAGGUGGACGAUAUGGUCUCGGUUUUUGAACCUUCUUACAAUGUCCUCUCAGAUGAGCAGUCCUAGAGUGAAGAAAAAUAUAAGACAUAACGGUACUAAAAUAAUCGUUUGUGUUCGAACUAGGUUAAUUCGUCUCCGUCUGUCUUCAUAAUAUAGGCGAGAGACCAUUUAGCAUUCUGAUUCCUCGCCAUUGAAUUAGUUUCAAAAAGGAUUCUCUGUUUGAAUCCUAUAUUCCGAAUGCAGCCUCACGAAAUUUGUAAGUAGAACUAAAUGCUUAAUUUUCAAAAUCUGAUUGUAUGUACCGAUUUGGGCUUUUUAAUCAAAUAUUUUACCAAUACGUUUUAACUAUUUGCAGGUGUAUUGAAGAAUGUGGUGAAAUGAAGUUUGGUAGUGUAUCAGUUUAAAAUGCUGAAAUAUAUUUCACGGUUUACGAGGUUUUAUCGUUAUCGUGUUUACAGGUAUGUCGAACUUUAUGUUUUAAAUGGAACUGUCUGUCUCUACCUUCAGCCAAAAAAAUUAUUUUGUUAAAAUGAACUCCUAAUUGAUUGCCUAUCAUUUUUCGGAUUUCCUUAUACUUUUGUGGAUGCAUGAAUACAUCCAAAUGAACCCCAGUUUUUGUAGUUUCAUAUCAAUGAGAACGGCUGCUAAGACUUACUAAAAUCACUUCAUUUGUUCGUGUUAGGAGUACUACGGCAAAUUUCUUUUUAUUGUGUACUCAAUCCAGUCCUCGAAUUUCGCCAACAUUUACCAAAACUUUGUCUUUUACUGUAUCAUUUACUUGGUGGCCAUUGGAAUUAUGGAAAAAGAAAGAUAUACACGAACAGUGUCAACAACUAUUCAAUAAUUCGUUAUUUCAUAUAGCUACGGGUGAAUUCAGUGUGGCAAAUGAUAAAUUACAUGAACUACUGUGGUUUGUCAACCAGUCUUAUCAAAAUCAUGAGUUAACCAAUCGCGAAUACAUCGAUAAACGUGCACGGAUAUGUUCCGAGAUGGCAAAUCUAAAUCUCCUUAUGGGAAAUUAUUUAGAAGCAGAAAAAUUAAUUAAACAGACAAUGGAGGAUUGUUUAACAGCCAAAAUAUCACCGAAUGAUGCAAUGUUUAUUGAGCUGUCACUUAAAAUGUCCAUGCUUUUCGAAAAGUCUGGUAGAUUAGAUGAUGCUGAGAAGGGUUUUCGAUUUUGUAUAGAAAACCAAGAGGAAAAGUUAACAAGUUUCGAUGAAAGUAUCGACCAUAUAAAUGAAAAAGCUUUACUGGGAAUGUGUUGUAAUUAUUUCGCCAAGUAAGUCCUGUUAAUGGUUUUUGUAAAUACAAUUAAAUGAGACUCUUCAUGGUCAUUUGGCCUGUCCAGUUUAGGUUGGUAUAUAUUUUUUAAUAAUUCUUCCCGUGCUGAUAGUAUAAGCUAAAUUAUCGUAAAAAUAUUUAGCCGUCAAUUGAAAUAUUCAACAAUGAAUUUGAUUGCAUCCUCUGAGCUAAUCAAUUUUAGGGGCUUUUUACUGGAUGCGUAAUUUACCAAUUCCGGAUUUAAAUGACCAAAAGCAUCAAAUGUCUAGGUUUCGAGAUUAGUUUUUUUUUCGUAAUGAAUCGUUGAGCUGUCAUUGUUUUGAUGUCGACUGACUCAUUGGGUUGACUCAUGGGGCUCCAUCUACUAACGGCGUUCUACUGCGUUGUGGAAUAGACCUCUAGGUCAGAUGCUCGGAGUGUAGCUCCCUGAGAAAACCACCUGCUUCAGUUUGAGGACCCGUGCGGUAUUCAAGCCCUCAUACUAAUCGAAUAAUGAAGUGUGGCGCAUAUAUAUUUGGUGCCUCCUUGUACCAAUGUGUAUGUGUUUAAAUAAAUAAAAUACAAAUUGAAACAAAUAAUGUUUCAUUUGUACGGUAAAUCUAGUAAACAAAGUGUAGCUAGCCAAUAAUUCCAAAUUUUUGCACAUUUUAUUAUGUCUUGCUAGAAUGUUCAGUGAAAAAUAUUAAAUCUUACAAAGCAUGCGGAAUGUCGAUGGUGUGUCCGGUGUCAAGUAGAUGUCGAGCUAUUGCACUGUUGAAGGCCUUAUUCCCUCGCAGACUCAAGUUUUCUGGAACAUGCUCAGAAAUGCGGACAUGCACUCUUCUCUCAGUUCUUCCAAUGUUUGUGCUUUGGCACGUACAUGUGAAAUGGUAGAUGCAGUUGGAGCUACUAAGAAAAGAGGGCUUGUCGAUUUUGGUUUGUUGAAGUGAGCAGUUCGUUUGCCAUACUGUCAUAAGUUUUGCUGCUGGGUAGGUGAUUUUCAACGCAGAGUUUAUUCUAUGAUUAAUUAUUCCAGCAAUUUCAUCACCUUUGAAACGUAAGUGUAAGAAGCAGGUUUUCCUUUUUACUCCAUCGUAUUUUGUACGAGGAUCGCUUUUUGCAUAUUUCUGGAUAAAUUUCAAUGGGUAUUAUUCAUAGCUAUGGAAAAUUGCGUCCAAUUACUUACAUAUUUGUUUUUAAUUCACAGAUUUCUCUUUGCUAAUCAAAGACAAACAGAAGCUUUAGUUUAUGCUCAACGAGCUUAUGAAAUUGCCAGUCAAAUUUAUCCUUCAGACCAUGCAAACUGUUUAAAUUUAUUAAUUGAUAUUAGCGUUAUCUAUGCUGAUUUAAAUGUAUUUACAGAGUCUCAACGUAUUCUUGAACAAGUUAUUCAAACAAGUCAAACCAAGUAUCAAUUUUUCAUUGAUAAUUACUCUAACGAUAAUGAACUACUGAAAUCAAACGUUUCAAAACAACGUGAAAUGCAUGAAAUUGUGUAUACUCUAAUACAUUCAAUAUUACAAUUAGCCGUUGUUAACGUAAUGUCGAAAAAACUAGAAUUUGUGAACCAGUUAUUAUUACAAGCUGAUCACAUUAUUAAUCAAAUUGAUCAGUUGGGUUUAAAAGUCUCUACGCACCGUAAACUUAUUAAUGAUUUCAAAAUGGAACAUCAUUUUCAAAUCUAGAAAUGUUUUCGACUCCCUCAUCUUUGUUUUUUCUUUCUUCAAUUUUGUAUAGACAUUUAUAUGAAUGUAUUUUAGAGUGAGUUAUAUUAUAAAUGACUGAAAUUGUAUAUUUGAGUGACGUGACAAGGUUACUUUCUUAUGUUCACGAUAAUUGCUGUAAAUCAUUCUUUUUUCAUACCUAUUUAUCAUUAUAUCUUGUUGAUAAGUACCGCUUAAAUGCUCUUUAUAGUUUUACAAUUCAGUUUGUUUUACUGUUAUGAGUCCGAAAUUCCUAAUUCCCUUCAUAACCUUUGCUCUUUUCUGGCUGGUUACUUUUUGAUUCAGUGUUACAUCAUUUGUUACAAGAUCACUAACAUAGAUUAUAUUUCCAAACAAGUACAGUAAUACCACUUCUUGUAGGUAAAAUAAAACUAUAUACAAAAUGUCAGCUUGUUAGGUAUGUAUAUUAAUAACGUUUGUUACAUCCGAAGAAUAAAUGAAUGGUAACUGCUAGGAAUUAUUUAUUUAUUUUUAUUGGGUAACUAUAAGAAACUAGAAUAUAUGUAUUCGUAUCCCUUUUAUUAUGAGCUUUCAUUUGACCUUUUGGCUACUGCAAUACGACUUACCACUCUUAACUUAUUCCCGAUUUAUCAGUUGCAUUAUCUCACACAAACACUUUGACUUAAUCUUGCUUAAUUAUUAUUCCUCAUUUUAUAGUGUGAUGUAGUCUGAUCUGCUUGUAUAUAAGCCUAGUAUAUCUGAAUCAUACGAUUCAGUAAGAGUCUGAAAUUGUUUUCUGGACUGAACGGGCUGGGUUAGGUGAGGACCAAUAAGGACUCGGAGUUGACUCAAGGCUAUUCGUGCUGUAUAACGCAUCAUUGGUUUAGCACAUGGACAAGGUCAUAUAAGUCGGUGUUCUGGUCUUGUCACGUGAUGUUUGACGGGCCAUAGGACAUAACAACGUUUGAAGUACUGUUUACCGUGUAUCGUUACGUCGCAUUAGGUUGAUAUCAUUUGUAGAGUUAGCGUUUGAACUCUCCAUCAUUGGGCAUGAAAUACGUG